AUGGCGCAGUGUGUGACUCGUGUCGAGCUUCAUGUGUCUUGCAGAGGGCUUCUUGAUAAAGAUACAGUUUCUAAAUCAGAUCCUCUGUGUGCGUUAUACAUACAGGAUGAGAAUGGAAAGUGGAUUGAAGUAAGUUACAAGUAUGAAGUUAGUCGAUAAGGUCAGCUUAAUGGCUCGUUACAGGUGCAUGUAGACCAGCACGUAAAAGUUUCUAUAACGUAUAAUUUAUAAACAAAGCACAGUACAGGGUCAAAAACAGUACAGCCCAAAAUACACCAUUUUACAGUUACAGGUCGAAACGAAGCUGGCGUUGACGACCUUGUUUUGAUAAAACCCUUUCUGCUUUAUUAUGUAAAUCAUGUCGUUCUUAUGCUAACGGUUUUUUAAGCGUAAUUUCCAUAACAAAAGGAAAGAGGUUUGUAUCAAAACAAGGUCAACCUCAGCCUCACGUUCACUCAAAGGCUGGAACACUAAGUUCACAAAUGUAAAAUGGUCUACUUGAAACAAAUGAUAAAACUGCUAAUGCUUACUUGGUUUAAGGUUGAUAUUUAACUUUCACUUUUCAUCCUAAAGUUUGAAUGGUUUUGUGUUUAAUAUGUUAAGCGUAUUUUGUUAUACAUUUAUAUAGUGAAAUAUUCUUAAUUUCCAUGUUUUAUUGAUAGAAAAAUAAUUUCCUGUGAUGAACAAAGUCAUUAAGGUCUUCUUUGUUAGCUCUAAAAACAAUUUAUUUUUAUUUGUUUCGUUUAUUAUAAAAAUCAUUGCAUGCUAAAACAAUUAUGUGACUGAUGCUAGGUAGAUAUACCCAUAUAAUAAGAAGAAGUAUUUGAGCUAUACAAGAGUUUGAGGGAGUUACAAGUACGUACAUGAUACUUAAUUUAUUACUCCAGUAACAAACCUGGGGGAUUGCGUGUCAAAAACACCUGUAACAUCGAAGUGCACUCAUGUAAGCAGGUGCUGUACUUUUUGUCACUUCCCCUUGACAACAAAUCAUUUAGUGUAAGACCAAAAUGCAAGCUUGGUGCAAAAUGCAAAACAGGGACUGCAAACUGGGGGUGAAAUGUAGACUGGGUUGAAACUGUACUCACAAUUGAGUUUAAGAGAGAGUGAAAAAAAAAAAAAUGAGAAUAUGCAAUUUACUCUUUAUACUUUAUAUAUGCAACUAGAUCCUAUUAUUCUCUGGAGUCAAUGUGCAUGACUCACAAACGUGAUCGUCAUCUCGACUUUUUCUGAGAGACACUACUCUUCAGCUUAUGACGAGAAGUUUGUCAUGAAGGUUAUACUGAUCAUUACCAUCCAGUACACAUAAAUUGGUAAAACACUACCAGGGUUAUGCUUAAUUAAAAGCUGACGACCCAAAAUACUGUUCUAAAAGAGCAGCAACAAACAAGGGAGUAAAUUAUUGCACGUAGCUUAAAGAGUAAAGGCAGCUGGCAAGGUGGUGCUAGGCAUUUUAGCCGUGAAAAGUUCCAUUGUCCUGCCAUCUUGCACGAUCCCUCUUGUGCUGUUUGCUGCAUUGGGGCUCACAUCCCUCCCCCAGGCAAUGAAUAUGACUUUGUGUUUAAGGGAUUUUGCCUUGCAGAUGACACGCUGUAGACUACACAGAAUUUUAACAUCUAUUCGCCAUAUUUAAAGCAUAAGCAAAUAUAAUUUUUUGGUGAUUUGUCUUUAUCUUGAGUAUCCUGAAGCUGCGGCAGUAUCUGUUUCACACCUUAGUUUUUAAGUUUCUGGUAGCCCAAGUUUAAAAAUUAAUGGUACUUCAUCAGCUUUUAUAAUAAUUAUUGGGUUCAUCUUUAAGCCGAAGGACUAAGCUAUCGCUUCGUCCUUCGGCUUCAAAGUAGUCUUCAGUAAAAUGAGUGUUGCAAGGUCUAGUUGAGUUUGUAGAUUCAGCGAGUGUUUUUCACAGCAUUCAUCCAAAACCUCGCAUAUCGGGGAUGAUCGGGCCAGUGAUAGACUAAUUCUGUCUUUGCGAGUGUUAAAACAUUCAAUAGCAAUGCAGCAGUGUGGCAUUAUAAGAUUCUUCCUGAAAUAUCAGCCAUAAAAUCCUUUAUUGACUGUUCAAAACAGACCGUCGGAAACCUGGAGGCCAUGAUGUAUUGCCUUGAGACAGGAUCUUCUUUCUACAUCAUUUCCGGUUUCUAGCUGUAGCGCAAAAUUUUAAUUGUGUGACGAACAACUUUCCUUGUUUUCAGGCAAAUGCAGACGAUUACUUGCCUUUUUUUAAUCAAAAUCAUCUAAUAAGUCCUUAAGCUAUCUGAUUUGCAUUUUUCAAGCCGUUUGUCAAUUUUUUUGUGAAUAUUUAAUUAUCUUAGCGCAACGCGGCAAAAAUAGAUCAGGUGACUAAUUAUUUUAAAAACCUAGAAGUUCGUUAUGCAACUUACAUUUCAAAAGUGUCACCACAGAUCGCACUUCGAAGCUUACUAACCGCAUAUGGAACACAAAUUGUAAGUAUAAUAUUUUCCCGUCGCUUCAACCGAAAUCGACAUGUGUAAUAACCUUCUUUGUCAUAUUAAUUUAAUUUUUCAGUUGACUAUACUACUACAAGUGCAAAUAAAUUCCAUGUACGUUCAUGUACGCGAAAAUCAGUUAGUGGUAAAAUCUUCAACAUAAAGUAGCCCUUCAAUCACAGGAGCGAAUCGGUCAAAAUUUGUUGCAGAAGAUUACGCCGAGUUACUAACUACCACCAAGCUUCGCAUUUAAAUUCCGCUCACAAUGCCGCCGAAGGUAGACGUGAAAACUCUCGCGGGAAAACUGGACAAUGCCGUCAAACUCUUGUACGAAUUAAUGGAAGAAUUCGAAACAAUUUUCUCCGUAAAACCGGACCUAAAAACACUUGAAGCAGCAUUCAGUUUAGUAGAAACCAAGUACAGACUGGUCAAGAAACAGCAGGAAACAAUUCUGGAUAGACUGGUCGAUGAAGGCACUGGCCCAGAAGACGAACUUGUGUUAGCAACAAAAAAAACUGGAGACAAAACCAAAGCUGAUUUCCUUCAAAUCACUUUAAAGUUUGCUGCAUAUCAAAAGGAACAAAACUCCUCAGAAAAUUCUAACAAUGCGACAACUCUGGAAGCGCUAACAUUAUCAAUGUCGUCCAUGACGUCGGCGAUGCAGAAAAUGGCCGAUAACAUCGGAUCAAAACUGUCAAACUCAAGUUUACAACGAUUACCUGUACCAGUAUGGGACGGAACUUGCAGAACCUAUGCCACGUGGAAAAGGAGUUCAGCCAUUGGAUGAAGAAAUACGGUCAGGAUAAAGAUGAACAAUUGCAACGUUUUUGAAAUGCAAUGCCAAAAGGAUCGUUCUGGACCGACCAAGUAAAAACUUGUAAAACCAUUGACAGCGCGUGGAUCAUUUUGGAUACAGAGUUCGCAGACAGACAAAAACUAAUGGACGAACUGCACACCGAGAUUAAUAAUCUUAAAGCAGUCAAACGAGAUUCUAAGUCCCUAAUGCAUUUCGCUAUGACAAUAGCCUGUUAUGUAAGUGACAUGGAAGAUAAUAUUGGGUGUCCUGUGCUGGAGUCAGUUGAAGCGCCGUUCCUCAUGUCCCAGCUUCUGUCCAAACUCGAUCCAAGUGACAAUUCAGAUUUUGGUAGAGAAAUGAAAAGAGAAGGAAAAGAAGAAACCGUGAGCAAUCUAAUCACCUGGUUACAUCAAGAAGCGAGUAUUCGUUCCCGAGGGAACAGCAACACAGUGGAAAGAAACGAAAUUCGCCGAGACAAAGAUCCCAAAAAGACAGCAAAUAACGCCGCUAACAGCGGGGAUUCUGACGAUGAAACAUGUCCUCUUGGCUGUAAGACCAAACAUCACCCGGCUGCAUGUCCUAAGUUUCAGAUUCUAACAGUCAAUCAAAGGUGGGAGGUUGUAAAGCAACAUUGGCGAUGUCACAAGUGUCUGAGAGCAGAUCACACAAACGAUUGCAAGAAACCAGACGGCUCAACGUGCAACAAAUGCAGAAAAAAACCAUCACCGGUGCCUACAUAACGAAAAGACUGGAGAAACUAACACAAGUUUGAAUCCCAAAGCACCACCGUUCCAAAGUCAGUUCCAAGGGCCCACACCUACGUCGAAUGGUAAUAUCCAAGGGAAUGCUGUGCACCAGAAAAGCAAGUUGAAACCUGUUACUGGACUUUGCCCUGUGCAAAAAGUUAAAGUCAUGAACAAAAAUGGAGAUUUUGUCGAAGUUCUCGCCAUGUUGGACUCCAGGUCUAACACAAGCCUACUCUCCAAAAGUGCAGCUGGUCGACUUGGCUUAAAUGGAGCAGCAACACGUCUCAGUAUGAAUUUAGCGGGUGGAAAGAAGAAAAGCGAACCUUCUGAGAUAAUCGAUGUCACGGUUGCCUCGCCCUCUGACGAAGAUAUUACGAAGACCCUUCAAGUGUACACCAUAACUAGACCUUGCAGUAGUGCCAAAACAAUUUCUAAGGAGUCAGUGAGACAAUACAGCCAUUUGAAGAACGUUUCCGAUAAAAUACAUCUCUCGGGUGGUGCCAUAGAUCUCCUUAUUGGCACAGACUUCGUAGAGGCCUUCAUUGAUAUUCACACAGUGUCCGGAGAACCUGGAGAGCCCAUCGGGAAAAGAAACUGCUUUGGAUGGUACGUUCUGGAACAGUUCGAGUCAAGCGGCUCCACCCUAUCUGAAAUUCAGUCAAUAGAAGUAGGGACAGUGAGUGUCGAGGGAGAUAUCAAGAAACUUCUCCACCAAGACCUCCUUGGAGUCAAACCAACCAAACUCUGUACUUGCACUGAAAACGUGUUACGUGAGAGCGAGUUCGUGAAGUCCCUCGCAGCUUCAACUACUUUGGUCGACGGGAGAAUACAAGUGAAGAUGCCCUGGAAAGAAGGAGGGCCUCCAAAACGAAGCAACUACGACAUCGCUCUGAAGAGGAUGCUCUCCGCUGAAAGGGGGUUUAUGCAAAAAAGGGUUGCUUCGAGGUCGUAAAAGAGGAAGUGCAAAAGUUGUUAGACCAGAACUUUAUCACGAUGAUUCCACCUGAACAAAUCGCUCAUGAUAAACCCGAAUGGUACCCCCCACUGCAAGCAGUGUUUACGCCAGAAAGAACCACAAAAGUUCGACUAGUCUUUGAUUCAUCUUCAAAAGGUCAUGAUGGGUUGUCCCUCAACGAUUACCUUGAGAAAGGACCUAACUUCAUCAAUAGUCUUCUGGAUGUACUGGCAGCAUGGCGAUGGGACGAAGUGGCGUUCACUGGUGACGUUUGUAAAAUGUUCAACCAAAUCCUGGUACAUCCUGAGGAUCAGGUGUACCACAGGUUUCUGUGGAGGAGCAACACAUGUGACAAACCAACUGUUUACCAGUGGCUAAGACUGAACUUUGGUAAUAAAUCGGCUCCUGACAUCGCAACUAAUGCUAUCAAUACGCUAGCCAAGCUUUCGAACGCAGAAUUCCCGGAAGCCGCAGAAGAACUCCGACAGCAUGUGUACGUGGAUGACAUCGGUGGCUCCAGAGAAACAGUAACCAAGGCAAAGCAGAUUAUCAGCCACAUCGACGCUGUCCUCGCGAAAGGCAACUUCCAGAUCAAAACUUGGCAUUCCAAUGAGGCAGAAAUCGACCAAUCCAACGGUGAACGGUUCACGGAUCUUCUCGGCCUAAGCUGGGAUGAACAGCUAGACACGUUCACCUUCAAAAAGAAUGACCUCGGAGAACUGGAUGUCCUGACAAAGAGGCGCUGUUUAGGUCUUGUUGGUCAGUUAUGGGACCCCUUCGGUCUUGUGCUGCCCGUCGCAAUCAAGUUCAGAAUUGACUUGCAAGGAUUAUGGAGUUUAGGUUACAGCUGGGACAACAUCCUUCCCGAGAGUAUUCAGCAAACAUGGUUAGAGAAUGUCCAGUCCAUAAAUGAUCUCCUGUCAUUUCAGUUUGACCGCAAGCUAAAACCAAACAACGCAGUGGGCGUGCCUCAAAUUUACGGAUUCUCCAAUGGUGGUGAGCAGGCUUAUGGUGCGGUCAUCUUCCUACGGUGGAAACUUGCUGGCGGAGACUAUCGUAGUGUUCCAGUCACGAUAAAGGCUUUCGUCGCACCUCUGAAGAAGAAGAGCAUCCCGAGAUUAGAACUGUUGGGCUGUUUAGCACUUGCACGCAUGUACGUUACAUGUGUAAAAGCAUUGGAGUUCGCAAAAGCCCAGGACUGGGAAAGAUUCUUCUGGAUAGAUUCAUCGACCGUUUUGUCCUGGAUCAGAACGCCACCACGGGAAUUCAGGCCUUUCGUAUCUGCUAGAGUGGCUGAAAUUCAAGAGACGAUUGGGGCAGACCAAAUACGCUACAUUAAGUCUAACAACAACCAUGCAGAUGCUCUAACGAGAGGAAUCCAUCUUAAUCAUCUCAUGAAGUGGUCAGAGGGACCAUCCUUCCUAGAGUUGCCAGAAGAAAAGUGGCCCAGCGCUCAAGACCACACCCGAGUUAACACUCAUGUGGACGACCUCGACGCUUUAAGAGAGAAGAAAACGUUUCGGAAAGAGAAGAAAGCCGGUAAACAUCACAGUGCCGCCGCGGAAGUAUGUCCUGAACUAGAUCAACCUGGAUCUGAAGAAAAUCCUAUCCUUUUACACUUGCUGAAAACGUGUUCUACGUACUCCAAGAUACGGAGAACUCUAGCCUACGUCGGUCGCUUUAUUCACAACGCUCGGAAAAUGAACCUAAAGUCAGGGCCCAUUUCAGUUCAGGAACUGAAGGCUGCCGAGACCCAUCUUCUGAAGUGGAGUCAAUUUCACGUCAACGAAGACAGCUUGGAUAAGAAACUGGUAGCAAAGAAGGCUGAAGAUGGCCUUUUUCGUGCGCAUGGUCGACUUGAAGAUAUCAGAUGUCUCCCGGAAGAGUUGAGAAAGCCUAUUAUCUUGCAAAAAGACCACCCUUUUGUGAUCUUGCUUCUGCGUGACCUCCACGAACGACGUGGGCAUUGUGGCUAUAAGAGUUUAAUCCACGAGGCCAGAAAAAGAUUCUGGAUCAUUGGACUCCGCAGAAUGGCUAAGACCGUCACCUCAAAGUGUGUCAUAUGCAGAAAACUACGGAAAAGGCCUCUCAACCAGCUCAUGGGACAGAUUCCAAACCUAAGAGUAGCAGCUGGCUUCCCGGCAUUCUCAAACACUGCUAUGGAUAUGUUUGGGCCAGUACAGAUCAAGCUCGGCCGCAAAACUCUGAAAGAGGCACAAGUGAUCAUCUUCGCUUGCAUGACAUCACGUGCGAUUCAUCUUGAGCUGGUCACCGAUAAAACUUCAGAUGCAUUCUUAAUGGCUUUUCGACGGUUUGCCUGCCUACGCGGACACCCUAAUGUUUGCUGGUCAGACCGUGGUACAAAUUUCGUGGGUGCCCAAGGUUACCUAAAGGAAAUCACGCAGAACUGGGAUAUUCCUGGGGUAAAGAGUGUCCUCUCUGAUAAAUUUAGCUGCGAGCUCAGAUGGGAAUGGAAUACACCACAUGCGAGUCACCAAAACGGAGUUGUUGAAACCCUAAUUAAGUCAGUCAGACAAGCAUUUAACGCCACUUGCAAGAACCAAGCCUACUCCGAGGAACAAUGGAGAACAAUUUUGUCAGAAAUCACCUACAUGGUCAACGGACGACCGCUGUACCCCAGUUCCGACGAUAUCUGGGAGGCCCCACCGAUCACUCCAAACGACCUACUUCUAGGCCACUACAAUCCACCACCACAACCAGAACCAGAGGAAAGAACCAAUCCGCGACAAUUACUCAGGAGCACCCAAAACAGAGUUGCUGAUUUCUGGAGGAGCUGGAUGAAGUAUUUCGCCCCAAACUUGUUACCAAGGAACAAGUGGUUUCGCGUGCGAGAUAACAUCCAGAUCGGUGAUCUUGUACUGGAGCUGGACCCCAAACACAAAAGAUGUGAAUGGAAAAUGGCGCGUAUUGUAGGCACAUAUCCUGGAAACGACGGACUUGUCCGAAAAGUGAGAAUCAAGACAAGAGACGGAGAGUAUGACAGACCAAUUCACAAGUUAUGUCUCAUAGCCACUAAAGACGAACUGAAUGCGGAUCGCUCAAGCUAGUCGAUAGUAGAAAUGGACUCUAACACCAUUUUCUGACACUUCUUUAUUGAACAUUGAACACUUAAGCCAUUAUAGUCGUUGCUCAAUUAGAACUAAUUAUUUAGACCUAAUUUCCGCACUGGGGCGGAGUGAUUUGCAUUUUUCAAGCCAUUUGUCAAUUUUUUUUGUGAAUAUUUAAUUAUCUUAGCGCAAUGCGGCAAAAAUAGAUCAGGUGACUAAUUAUUUUAAAAACCUAGAAGUUCGUUAUGCAACUUACAUUUCAAAAGUGUCACCACAGAUCGCACUUCGAAGCUUACUAGCCGCAUAUGGAACACAAAUUGUAAGUAUAAUAUUUUCCCGUCGCUUCAACCGAAAUCGACAUGUGUAAUAACCUUCUUUGUCAUAUUAAUUUAAUUUUUCAGUUGACUAUACUACUACCUGUGCAAAUAAAUUCCAUGUACGGUCAUGUACGCAAAAAUCAGUUAGUGGUGAAAUCUUCAACAUAAAGUAGCCCUUCAAUCACGGGAGCGAAUCACUAUCUUUUCGUCAAAUUACGGUUUUGGGUAUAGAGUAUCCCUUUAAACUUUUCUUUAUGAAUCUGACUGUAUAACUGUCAUUAUGGGAUGAAUAAUGAUGUACAGUGUAUAUGUUACAGGUCAAAUUUGAUUUCAGGUUAAUUUUGAUUUAACCUAGUUUGAUUCUAGUUUGAGAAUCAACCUUAACUUGAAAUCAAAUUCGACCUGUAACAUAUAUACACUUCUAUCAAAGGGAGAAUUUGACACUAGAUCAGGCAUCACUCAUGAAACAUUAAUUUUACGUCCCUAAAAUGAUCAAUAACUUUCAGCUUUGUCAGAACAGGUCCACCAAAUAUCUCUAUAGUGGUCAUUCAGUAGAGGUUUAAGUCUACAUUAACACUUAAAUGUCUGUCAACAAUGACUACCACUGAGUAUUAAGCUUUAUGGUAUUAUGAUUAGUGAUUUCUUGAUGUUAUUAAAGUUUCUAACAACUGUGAGCAGGUGUUUUAUUUUAUGGACUGUUUUUGGCUGUAUUUUCGGCAUUCACAGGAACAAUAAUUAUAAUGUACAGUAACUUUAAUCCACCAUAUUUGUAUUGACUCAGUUUAAUAAUUAUUGUUGUUCAAAAUACGUAAUUCAUUGCAAUUGUAGCAUGAAAGAACAGAGAAGGUGAAGAAUAAUCUAAACCCAGAUUUUGCCAAAGGAAUUACCAUGGAUUAUUACUUUGAGAUGGUGCAAAAACUGAAGUUUGCAGUCUAUGAUGUUGAUAAUGAGACAAGCAGCCUGGGAGACGAUGACUUUCUUGGUGCUAUGGAGUGUACACUUGGUCAGGUGGGCUGUUUUAAUUAGUAUUUUCGGUUAUCCUGUUGUAAAGGAGCUCCACACGCACCAGCAGAGCCCCAUUUGCCAUAGCUAAGAAAAUUUGGUUAGCUAUCCAUCCAAGAAAUUUUGGUAGUCACUUGACUGCACGUCCACCUGUCCAUCCGUCCGUCCUCACCACGGGGAAACCAAUGUAAAGUGUCACACUUUCUAGCUGAUGUGAGAGCCUGCAAACUGAUAAUGCACAUCCAUGUUGUGGUCAAUUGACAGCUGUCAAAACAGGGUUUCUGCUGACCAGUAUAACAUGACUGUAUCGUGGGCUCAGGUGUUGACCCAAUGAGAUUACGUGUUUUUUUAUGUUAUCUAUUGACAAGUUACCAGUUUUAAACUGAUUGCAGGCUUAACUUCAAGUGGAUUUUGUUGUAAUGGUUACAAGUUUAUUACAGUAGACUCCUGAUAACUCGAACCUUCAAGGGAAAUAAAAAAAGUUUGAGUUAUCGGGAGCUCCAAGAAAAUAUCCGGGAGUAAGGAAAAAAACAGUUUUUACGGCAUAGUGAACAAUUUAAUCUCAUUUAAUGGUCGUUAAUUGUCGAAAUGUCACGUGAAAAUUAAAAGAUACAUUUAGAUCAUAAAUCAGAACGUAACAUGACAUUACCUUAAUAGAGAAUGCGUUUUACUGUUUUGAGAAGUAAAGCUGUUUCACGCUAGAUUUGUAACAAACAACAUAAGCGUCCACUAAUAAACUAUAAUUAUAUGCCUACAACACGUCAAUGGAAAUUCAAAAUUCAAUGUUUCGGAAGCCAGUAGACUGUUUUUUCCUGACUUUCAAGGGCUCAAAACAUGGUUUGAGUUAUUGAGGGUAAAAUUAUAUAGAAAUGAUCCAAGGGAAAACAAAAACUACUUUGAGUUAGUGGGAGGUUUGAGUUAUCGAGGGUUUGAGUUACCAAGGGUAAAAUUACAGUAAAUGUAUGAUGGAAAUCCAGGGGAAAUCGAUUUUGGUUCAAGUUAGUGUGAGGUUCGAGUUAGCAAGGGUUCGAGUUAUCGGGAGUCAACUGUAUAUCUAGUUUUAGCUAUCGCUAAGUGCAAACGAGCAAAGAUUUUGCCCAUAAAUGUACCGCCGCGCUAUUCAAUUAUUUUUUUUAGAAAUGUCUUGAAUAACUUGCAUGUCUUCUUGAGGCUGCUCCUUGGCAAUUAUUUUACUUUAUCACUGGGAUCCUUGCAAUUGUCUUUAGCCUUGGCCAAAUCUAUCUUAAUUUUUUGAACCCUCUUUUUUUACCACCACAGCAACCAUAUUAAACAACAACAAUAUAAUGAUGAGCUUGCAACAAAAAUCUAUGAAUGAAUCAUAAUACUCUUUUUCUAGCAGUCUGGUUAAAUAGUAACUGUCGUGAUAAUCCAUACCUCUAGGUUGUACAGGUCUCUUUUACAGUUGAGCCCAACCUUGAACUUGUACCUACCAGGGAAACAAAAACUAGUUUCUCUUGAACAGUUUGGACAUUAAAGAUCCCACAAACCAAAGCUUAUUAAAUAUUCUUUGUUCGAAUUUGAAAUUGAAUGAAAUGUAUUUCAUUUAUUAACAAUUCAAAAAAAGUUAAAAGUCUAUCAAAGUUUCUUUAGCAUACGUGUCUGUAAUCGUUAGUUCCCUGCUGUUCAACCAUGUUAAUGUCAUUCAAUAAUAAUAUGAAAUCGAAUUAUAUGAAGCAUUAAUCUAUAUUUUGUUAAUUAACUACUAAAUAUGGUAAAUUAAGCCCUUGUUUAUCAAAAUAACUGUGAUAAAAGAGGCCUAUAAAAAGAUUUGGGAGCUUUCUUCGGAAAAUAAAGGUUUGAAACAAGCGCAAGAUUGCAGUGUAGAAAUGACUGUAAAUAAACCACUAUCUUGGGUCAAGCAUGGGCUCAAAAAUUCGUCUGGUUACCAAGCAUCACCAUUCAGUUCAAAACCAUUGAUGCCAGAUGAUUUGUUUCGAAUACAAAUUGAUUUUUUCUUCAUUUAGUGCCGGCUUUAGAAUAUGUAGAAGUCAUUGGAAACCGAUAACAAAGAAGAUGAGCAUCUAUCUGUAGAGCCUAAUAAAUAAGACUCACCCCAAAAUUACAACAGAUUUAGAGCUAUCGAGCAGACUUUCAUUGAAAAAAUGUGCCUCAAGCAAUAAAAUACGGUAAUUUAUUUUGCGUAACAACCUUAUUAUUUUUACAGGAAAAAAUAAUGACUAUUUUAUUUUAUAACUAUUUUAAUGGUCAGCAAUGGAAUAUGUGUGAAAGAUGUUGCUCUCAAAUUUCACUGACAGGUACUCUGCCUGGCAGUCUUAUAAGAACUAAUUUUUUUGUAGGCUAAAUCAUCUCAGCACAGUCUCCAAAAAGUUUUGGACUUAGUUUAAACAGAUCACAAGCUACAUAAUUUGUACACUAAUGAAUGGUAAAAGUGACAAGAGGUUUGGCUAAAGAUGAUUUACCCUCUUUAACCAAUCCUUGUUUUCUUUAAGGUAUAUGCUGAAGAAUUAAAAGGAGGAAAUGAAAUUGUUCAGUUGACAUUUAGAGCAACAAAUCUGGAUAAAAAGGUACAAAAGUGUUCAAUCAUGCUCUUUCAAUAGUUAGAGAUGAUCUGUAUACAUGCGCAUUAUGUGCUUCUCAUUAUGUGUACAAUGUAUUCAUUGGAUCAUUGCAUAAACCAAAAAGUUAUAGUGUAGCUGUUGUGGUUCAAUUUUAUCCUUGGUUUAAAUUUCAUUUCCCCGUGUUUUAAACUCAUUAUCAUACAUUACCACACCCUCCCUUAAUCAAAGGGAAAUAAAAUUUAAACCAAGGAAAAAAUUGAACAACACAACAUAGCCACCUUCCCCCAUUGUCAUUUUUGUCCAAAUUGCAGUUAUUAUCUUCAUCUUAUGGAUCCUCUGUCUGCAAUUUACCAUAAGGCAUUAUUUACUGGCUGUAAUCUGUUGCAUUAAUAACCCAUUCACCCCUGGAAAUUUUGCCAAAAUCACCCGCUGAUGCUAGUUGAGCCAUUUGCUAUUUACUGUCCGGCUAAGAAGAAAUAAAAUUGCCCAAAACAUUGUUUACAAGUUGAGCACCGAACAUGCUGGUCUUUGCUCCUAAUUGUAAGGUACAACUACCAAAGUUUGGUAAUGUGCAGAAGGUAUAAAAAUACGAAAAACAACAAGAAAAACGUUGCUUCACGCAGGAGGAAAACUUGCAACAAUUUCGUAGGAAGCUAAAUAUAAAUGUUAUUGUAAAAAACAAAUCAACCACAAGUUUCCAUGGUCUGCACUCUUACAGACUGUAGAAAUGAUGCAAUAAAAUGUUCAAAACUUUGCAUUGAAACCACUAGCCUGCGGCUCGUGGUUCCACUUGAGUUUUGAACAUUUCAUGACAUCAUUUCUAUGGUCUAUAAGAAUGUAGACCAUGGAAAAUUGUGGUUGAUUUGUUAAACAGACCUGCCAACCCUGAUAAACGUACAAAAUGUAGCUAUAUUCUACAUGUAUUUUUUUCCUGAUCAAGAUCAAACAUACCCUUUUCCAUUGAGGGGGUAUUAAGUAUUUUAAUUAAAUGUUAUCUCCUUGCUUUACAAUACAAUACAAUACAACACAAUACAAUGUUCUUUAUUUUGAGAGGGUAGAUACAUGAUUAACCCAGUAAAGAGUUUUCUAACACAUGGCCCUCUGUAAUACAGAAAGAAAUAUAUACAAAUAAAUUUCAGAAAUACACACAUACAAUAAUUAAUUGAAUGUAACAUUGUGGUCCCUGUUGUUACAAGAUGCCUCUUUCUUUAAUGACUCUAAGAAGUCGUCACUUAAAAAAGUCCGAAACUUAGAGCUAGUAGGGGUCGUUUCUACUGGAUAAGCUGACUAAUCAUGGCCAAAAUAUUACAGAAAGUCCCAACAAAGUACUGGCAUUCCCCACUGAAUCUCCACUUUAUUCCACAAGAUAACAUUUCAUUUCAGAAUGAUUUUUCCCAAAAACCGUGAGAUUGGGAGUCUUGUCAUGAGUCCGUGAGAAAAGAUAAAAAAUCGUGAGAGUUGGCAGGUCUGCUUUAAAGUUGCCAUAACCUAAUUUUUUUUUCAAGUUGAGCUUCCCUUUGAUUAAAAAACUGCUGGUCCUAACUGAGCCUACUAUACCGAGCUCAUGGCUAUUAGGCCUGGGUUUGAAACUCUGUAUCCUAGCGACAUGCAGCACAUGCUUAACAAAGAUCUUUCUCUCAAGUACGCCUAAUCAAGUAAACAAAAGGCAUUGCUGGUAGGGUGUGGUCCCCAGAGUUCUUAGUAUCCAUAUCUGCAGUGUAAAUCAAAAUAGUUGGUUGCCAAAUGGUAACCAGGAAAAAACUUUAACUUGGAGGGUUGCCUGUCCUCUACCCAAAAAAAACUUAUAGGGAUAGAAAUUACUCUGACCAAGUACAUGUAACUGACCAAAGACUGGGUCAACAAGGCAUACGGAGCCAGGAAGGCAUUCAAUAGCAGCUAUGGCAUAGUGAUCACCUGCAAUCAGGCGUUCUCUUUUUCCCAUUUUUUCUUAAGGGGGAGCAUCCUCUUUUUGGGGAGGGGGGAAGCAUGAAAUUCGAGGAUGGGCAAAAGAAAAAAGGAAGAAGGACCCCCUGGUUCAAGGUUUUCAUGAAGAAUUCUACUUGCAGGAAAAACUACUCACAGGCUACCAAACGUUAGCGUAGAGAAUUCUUCAUAGUAAACAGAGAAAUCUCCAAUGCCUAACGAACACCCUCCGGUUGCCUGAAACAAUCAUUGAAGGCUUUUUUUUUUCUUUUUGGGAAGUUAAAAUCAGUUUUAGUGCCAUUCUAAGGCUGGUUGUUAAUCCAGAUCAGUACUGAACAGUGUUUUGACAUUUUUUGCUAAAUUUAGUUCCUUUUACUUAUUUAUUUAUUCAUUUAAAAUUUGGGGUGGGGGGGAGGGGGGCCGGGGGCACAGUGCUAAAUUUACAUAGUAUGAAAAAUGCCUGUUCCGUAAAAUUAAUAAAGUGCUUAUAGAAAUAAAUAACAAUAAAAGGGUAGUUAGAUAAACUAAUUAUUACAUUAUAAUAUGUACUGACUUGUGUUGGAAUUGCUGCCUGCUGUAUCCCUUCAACCUUGUGCUGAAGCCCUGUCAGGGAGGGUACAUGGGAAUUCUGCUGGACUCGGUUAACAUGGCCAAGGAUAUAAUCCCAGCCACACAAAUGAGUGAAUCAUGCUCGCCUUGGAGUAUAGGCAUUAGGCAUCCCCUUUGGCAUGACGCCAUGUGCCUAGCCUGCCCUCAUCUGGUGGGUUAUCCUGUCAGUGGGUUUUGUCCGAGCCUUGCUGGUUUUUCCCUAGCCAAUUUCUCCCACCAAAACAUAGUGUGUUAUGUUAUUUUUUUGUCAGUGCCCCAUAACGUUAACUACUAUAAUGUGUACUGACUUGUGUUUAUGACAUAAUUAUUGCAGGACUUUCUUGGAAAAUCAGAUCCUUUUCUUCAAGUGUCGAAAGUUAAAGCUGAUGGUGGAACUUUGCUCGUUCAUCGAACUGAGGUAAACAUGACCUACAUGUACUUGGACCCUCCUUAUCAUGGAAUGGGCUUUCUCCAUCAAAAAAAGACUUGUCCUACUCUCCCUUCAACAGGGCCGAUUUUUGCAGGGAAAGGGACGGGUCAUUUCAGUUCGUCUGGCGAACAGAUUAGAAGUUGAUAUAGAAUAAACAAUGAAUUAUUUCGUGGAGUUAUUGGCCCUAUAUCUGUGUCAAAUGAUUAUCUAAAUGCAUUAUUCAAUGAUGUUAUAAUCCUGUGGGAGAGCUACAGGAACAAUGUUCCCCACGGGCAAAGCCUCAACUUGUUGCAAUUCACUCUCUGUGUGUGAUAAGUCUUUUCUUUCAGUAAAGGAAUAUGCUAUUUGUAGACGGCCCCGUCUACUAGAAGCAUAUUCACUUGCCGUGGAUAUUUAGAAGGGCUUUAAAUGCAAUAUCUGACAGAAGUAGAACUGAAACUUAAUUUGCUUUGCGAGUUUUAAGAAACAGGAAUUUAUUGUUGUUUUAUAGUAUUUAAAACACCAAAGUUGACCCUGUCGCAUUUUAUAAGCGUAGAACGACCAUAAUUUUUGGAAUUACUGGUAGAUCAAAUGUACGCCAUUCACCUAUCCUGUAGUCAUGGUGACCGUUGGGGUGCCACAGACAUAGCAACCCUCUCCCUCCAUUUGAUUUUGUUUUCAGCUUCUCUUAUACACUCAAGCUUGAAAAAGUGUAAUUAUAAUCUACACUUCUCAAAGUAUUAAACUACUGCAUCAGACAGUCAGUAGUUUUCAGCCCAAUGAACCGCCACUAUGGGAGUCUUGUCUUUAGGGAUACUGAGGCUAAAAUUUGCCAAAUUUUAGCAAUAUCUUAAUAGAAUAAACCCGAUGCUGAGAUUUUGAAAAGAAUGUGUGUAUUAUUUUGUGUUGGUAAUGUGUAAUACAAUACAAAUAAACCCACAUUAUGUUUUUCAACCAACUUUUCUUGAUAAAAUUCCUUUUUUCUCCAAAUGGCAGCGUAGGUCAAUGAUUAUUAUUAUCAUUAUUAUUGUUAUUAUUAUUAUAAGAAUUAUUAUUACGGUAUUAUAUGCUUAUUAUUUUGUAGGUUGUUAAAAACAAUCUCAGUCCAUCUUGGAAAUCAUUCACCAUUCCACUUCAUACACUUUGCAGUGGAGAUUAUGAUGCAACAAUACGGGUAAGGGGGGCUUGAGUGAAAGGCAAGUUUUUGGUUUGGCCUUUCACAUCGAACGUAUUGUUAUUUAUUUAUUAUAUUUUGAAUAAUAUUUCAUGCAAAUGUUUAUCGCACUUAAACACAGAAAGGCCAUGAACACUAACUAUUUAAAACACUUGAAAUGACUGAAUAUUCAGUUCCAGUAAUUCGAAUAGUACAAAUGAUUAUUACAUGCAUGUAUGCACUUGCUUAUUAUUAUUAAAAAUAAUUUUAAAUGUGUUUAUCACAAAUUAGUCAUUUUCAAGAAGAUUAUCCACGACAAACUUCCUACAUGUAAAUUAUAGAACAAUAAUCGGCAAAUGAACACUCAAAGCAAUCUAAUACACUAUUCUUUCGUCUAAUUUUUGCCGUUACAAGUUUGGCUGCUAUGACUGGGAUGAAGGUGACAAUGAUGAUCUAAUUGGCUGUGUGGAUGUAACACUUCGGCAGCUGAUUGAUACAAAAGAUUCUGGGGUAUGUACUUUUUUACUGAUGAUAUUUUCUGGUCAUUUUCUCAUGUUCAACAUCAUGACAGAUUGAUUGCUUUGAUUAUGAUGACGAUGGGACCCACGACUUUAUUGGGGGAACCAAUGCCACUCUUCGGCAAUUGCUAGAGACCAAACAGACUGGGGUAAGAUCAGUGACUAGAGUGAUGAUCAGUGUAUUCCCUUUCAGUUUGACUGGUGGUUCGACCCAGAAUUUUUGUAGGCACAUCUCCCAUUUUUGAACAUCUUGUACUUAUACUUAAACAGCUUGAUCUCCAUUGUAAAUCAGUUGUAACACGUGGAUUCAAAGUAGCUGAACAUCAAGUUUAUUAUAACUUUAUUCUUUUAGGCGAACGGAAUGAAUAUCACGUGACAAUAAGGUCAAUCAAAUUUCAGCUCCGCAUUUUCUAUAGAAAUGCUUCUGCUCUUUGAAGUUUCGCAAAAAUCUACCAGAGGAAUUUUGAGAUCUCUUGGAAUUUCUGCAAAAAAGUAUGUAUAAUCUACGCGUGAACUUAAGACUUGACUUAUGGCGGACAAAUUAUUCAUUCAUUACGCAAAGAUCGAUUAUUAAUUCUCCAAACCGCUGGAAGCAAGUAGACUUUCGCGAUCUCGAAAAAAUUGAAAAAAUUUGAAUCGGGGUAAAAGAAAAUGCUGAGCUCUUUUUACAAAUAGUGUGGGUACACUUUUCCUUUUAUGUGAACAGCGAUUUAAUCCAAAUUCGUGCAGAUAGUUUUCCUGCAAAAAUGUUCAGAGCUGCAAUUGGUUAGUAUACUGUGCUGUCCCUGAAUUGAGAACUUUUAAAGUUGUCUAACGUACGCGCAAAAUUGAGGGAGCAUUGAAGCGAUGUCAAAGAUCUGGAUAAUUUUGUGUUCUUGGGUUUCCUCCUGCCUCGAGCAUAGCACGUGUGUACGUGGAAUUUCCAUGCAGGACGCGUGAAUUUACCCGAACUCGCUUUGGGUUACCACUCAAAAUAUACGUAGCGCACUGAAAGCGCUCACAAAGAAAAUGCGAAUGAAGGCUGAAAUUCGAUUUGGAGCUAAAACAAUUGUGACGUCAUUGUCGUGUGAUAUUCUUUGCGAUCGCCAAACAAUUCUAUCAUACAUGCACAUGUAUCAGUCUAUGUGUUCAGUCAAUUUAUGUGUUACAUUGGAUUUACAAUAAAGAUCAAGCUGUUUAAGCACAAGAGGUUCAAAGAUGAAAAAUUUGCUAACAAAAAUACUGGGCUGAGCCGACUUAAAACCUUUCAAAUUAUAAGAAACCUUCAAUAUUUUUGUCUUACAUAUUUUACUCUGAGCUCCCAACUUCAGCAGAUAUACGUUAGAACCCCCUAAAAUCUUAAGUUUUAUUAAUGGUACAGUGUCACUGUAUAGGAUCUUAUCUACUGCACAGACGGCUUUCUCUGAUUUUGAUUAUUCGUAACUUUUAAAGCUCUCAUUAAAGGGACAGUGUCCGAUUAUGCGCACGCGCGAGCGUCAUCUGUUUUUUCUUCAAAAGACAAUAGAACUGUCAUAUUGACUCGACAAGAUUUCCUUCCGGACGCACCGCCGACGGAGAUUAGCCUGCAAAGCAGGCGUAUUUUGGGGCGAGAUCCAUGAAUUGUUUUCAGGAUAACGUUGUCCCGCCAUCUUGGACGUUAAUACUACCAGAGAGUUGGGACGAGUCAAAAAGUGUUUUUAAGGGAGAGGUAGAUGGGUUAAAAAUAGGGGAGGGGGAGAGGAGGGGAGGGUUUUCUCCUCUCUCCUCCCCGCCCCUCCCCCCUUCCACCGCCCCUCCCCCUUAGUCUUUUUGGUUGCUUUUCAAGAUGGCGGCCACGAUCAAAGUACCUCCGAGUUUUCGUUAAAAAACGUAAAAAACGCCUGCUCUGCAGGCUAACGGAGAUUUGUUGUUUAUAUUCUCAAGUAAUAUUUCAGGCUUUCGAAGAAGUCUUUCUUCUUAUUUAAAAUUUGACUCGCGGCACGAAGACUUAUCGCGAUUUUAUCGCUAGCAGGGCCGCCUCGCGACCCGAAAAUCUCGUUCCGCUCGCUUUAAAAACAGUUUUUCUAAUGUGAAACUCGUGUCAGAGGUCAAUUGUUCCGAAUCCAGUAAUAUUUGCAUGAUUUGCUCGCGUUUGAAAGACGUAAAUAAAAAUGCAAUGUCAACGCUAUGAAUCAUAGCAAAGGUUAGUCAGAAAUUAUAUUAUGAUUUUUUUAAACAUGUACCGCCUGUCUGUUUGAUUUUGUCGGCCGCGUCGUUGCAAAACAUUCUGCUUCACGAAGCUCCCCUCCACAAGAUCUCCUCAGUCACAUCAAUGUCUCAAUGGUUUCUUUCUUACAGCCAGUUUAUUGUUGCUGUUUCAUUUCUGCCUAUUCCUUUCACAAUUAUCUGAGCUUGUAAGGAAGCUAGUACACGUUGAUUUAUAACGGAUUAAAGGUAUACAUGUAGUAGAAUGUAGUUUAAAAGCAUUUUGCACCAUAAUUUGACCCUACCUACCCUGCGAGCAGAGGCCCUUCGAUCUUCCUAGAUAAGUCUUCCCGACUUAUCUAGGAAGAUCGAAGGGCCUCUGCUCGCAGGGUAGACCCUACCCCGUUAAUACGACCACCCCGUUAAUACGACCAAAUUUCCAUGGCCCGAAGGUGGUCGUAUUAACGGGGUUCCACUGUAGAAGAAAUAAGCCUUCAAUCGGCAUCAAAGCGCUUCCCAUCUUUUGGUCCUCCAGCCAACGGCAAUAAAAGUAACGCCAAAAGUCCAGAUUUCGCCCAAAUCGAAACUCAACGGGUACAAUACAUCAUUGAUCUGUAAUCCUGAGAAGUUUUAGUGUCGUAUUGAACCCGGCCAAGCGCGAUGCAAACGGAUUUUUGAAGGUUCUCUGACUCUCCUCGCAUCUUUUGAUUUCGCGACAUCCUGUCCAAAAGUCAAAGUUUGGUGCAUGCGCAGUAACGGGAUACUGUUCCUUUAACUGAUGGUUCAUUGUACUGAUUCAUUUGUUACUUCUUUGACUGUAUUAGUCCUCUCUUGUUUUUCAAUGAUAAACAUGUAUUUGUAAAAAUUAUUUUCCAGAAAGGUCUUGACCUUGUUAAUCCUAAAAAGAAGCAAAAGAAGAAGGGAUAUGUCAACUCUGGAGUACUAUAUGUCAGUCAGUGUAACGUAAGUCGGUUGAUAUACAUCCCUUCAGUUUCUUAAGUAGACUUGCCUACAAGUCGAGCUCAAUUUUUUUCACGAGCGCGUCGCUUCGCGCGGUAGAUUUUUCAUUUUUUCCUGCGGCAAAAGCGAGCGAGAGAGCGGGAGUUCGACUUGUUUCCCCGCAAAAAAUCGCAUCAAGUGAUGUCAUUUUGGCGCGAACUAUUUGCGUCCCUGUCGCGUGUGUCGUCGCGUGCAUGUGUCAUCGCGAGUUUUCAAAGUAUGUCAAAACAAGUCCGAACCAUGAAUCGCCGACGGGACAUUUCUUUUUAUUAAAAUCCAACUAGUGGUCUGUUAUCAAUGCUGCGUUCUGAUUGGUUAAGGUACCACUAGGCUAUAUGUUAUAGCCUCCUAGUAGCAAAAAGCGCGGGCUUUUUGGCGGCAAAAAAGGAUGAAAGUCUAGCUGUAACUAGCUUAAUUUUUUUUUCUCGAUAUUUUUUACCAACUAGUUGGAUUUUACUAAAACAAUUAUUCCUCUCGCCCUCAUGGCCUCUGAGUUGAUGGCCCAUCCGGGCUCGAGGAAUAAUUGUUAAAUAGUAACUUUUUGGAUUUUGACCAAUUUACCGUAGAUUCAAGAGAGGCUAAUAUAGAAAAUAACCGAAAAAGAUAAACGUUUUUUCUCGUUUUUUACUUUACACUGGGGCCAACAACCGGAACCGGAAGUGAGAAGCGAAACAAACCGCUAGCUACGCAGGCUAUCAGUUUCGUAACUAAGCAUCGGAGGUUAUUUUUAGCCCUUUUAAUGAUUUUUUGAGAUGUGUUUUUGCGACAAAGUUUUUGAGCAAGUACAAACUCUUCAAGAAAAUGCAAGGUGCAUUAAUUGACGAUUUUGCAAUCUUUGCUACCAGUAACAUCAGAAAACAAAUUUUAAAAAAGUGUCAAACCUUGCUUGAUAAGGCGUUUCUUUGCGCUGCUCCAAAAAAGAAAUAAUCGCCUAAUAACCUAAUUGCAGGUUACAAAAGGCUGACUUGUCAAUAAUCUCCUUGUUGUUACUCUGUAGAUUACCAAGGUGCAUACAUUCUUGGAUUACAUUAUGGGUGGAUGUCAGAUCAACUUCACGGUAGGAAUGUAUUCUUCUUAUUUUUACAAUGUUAUGACUAUUUUAUGGCUGGGAAACAAAAAACAGCCUUACAGAAUGACUUAUGUCUUUCCCAAAACGGGAGGUAAAUAUCUUCCCUAAGUGGAGCCACGACAGAAAAUUUAGCCAUUAGGAAGUGGCAAUCAAUCUGAUUGAAAUAUAAAAUAACCGCUGAAAAAAGAGAAGCAAUAUUGAAACAAUAUAGCAAUCACAUAAAGAGGCACUGAUGGGCAAAAUUGAAGAGGAAUAAAGUGGAUUGAAAUUAAGGUUUUUGCAAACUGUUCAGCCUAACAGUUUUUGAAAGUCUACAAUAAUAUUAUGGUUCUGCGUUCUUUUUAACUUUAAAAUCAGUAUAACGUUUGGAGCUCUUUGUUUGUCAUGAAACCACCAACGUACGAGUAGUUUUAAAAAUUAGCUUAUGUUUCGUGGUAAGUAAUUGGCAAACUAAACUGAAUCGACUAACUGCAGUCCCUUGAGAGGUUGCCAAGCAAUCAGAUCAUAAAGUUCAUUCACACAACCGCCUUGAUUAUCAUAAAUAAAUAAAUAAAUAAAUAACGAUUUGGAGGUCGCACAUCCACAUAGUGGUUCUUCGUCUACCUGAAUCCUGGUCAAAUUGGAAUUUGGAAAUGUUGGUUUUUGAGGAGAAAGAAAAAAACCGGAGUACCCGGAGAAAAACCUCUCGGAACAAAAGAGAGAACCAACAACAAACUCAACCCGCAUUAUGGCGUCGACGCCGGGAUUUGAACCCGAGCCACAUUGGUGGGAGGCGAGUGCUCUCACUACUGCGCCAUCCCUUUCUCCCCCGAGUAUAGGAAAAUAUGUGUCACAAGAACUCAACUACUGUCACUGCAACAACAACUCCCGGCGAAGACUUGACAAAUUUACGCAAAGUGAUUGCAUUAAAAAAAAAACAACACUCUUUUCAACGUUGAAGUACAUUUAUUUUUUUUUUAAAACUUUUUAACGAAAAUUCAUUGAAGUCAUAAGGGAGCUUUAGCAAAGACGACGGCGACGGCAACGAGGACGUCAAAAAAGCAAUAGGUUUGUUAAGCAAAACAACAACUUUGCUCGUGCAUAACGCUUUUUUGUACAUUUCUUUGCCGUCACUGCACGACUACAACUUGAAAAUGACCACUUUCACGUUUUAUGGAGGACGUAAACAAGAAACGACGUAUUUUUCGUAGGGCCUGUUUACAUGGAGGUGGGGGACCGGGCCAGAUAGGUGAGGUAACAUGUGGCGGGUCACCCCACCCAGCAUGUAAACAUGAUUAAAUUAAAGUGAGAGAUUAUAUGGACAGGCGGGUUACCUGACCUACCUGGGGUCGCCCACCUCCAUGUAAACAGGCCUCUACUCUCUGAGUUCUAAACUAAGCGGUCCCCAAGAAAUCAACCCCAAGGAAAUUCACCUACAAUUGACAUUUUCAGCGAACUGGAAUAAGUGCGACAAAGUUACAAAAUUCGCGAAUUCAUUUUAAAAGUGACGUUUCCCCUUCCGUCGUCGAUGCUAAAGCUCCCUAUCUUCUAAGUACCGUGGCUAAAAACAAUUGGCUCUGUGUAAACGUUUGGGUGAAGAGAAAGAUGUUUUUGCAUUCAGUGACGCAGACGACUCGGAAGAAAAUAUUCGAGUACUGCCGAUAAGAGGCGAACGGCAUUUGGACUUCUGAUUACUAGUCCAAAUCUGCUACUGAGUGAGCUACACUAAAUGGAGCUGGCCACUAAUGGGAAUGUAAAAAUACAGAUUUCUUGUGGGAGUUGAGAAAAAAACAGGGUUUUGUGAAGACAGCCAUAAGUAGAGUUGUGUCCGCUUACGUGAGUGUCCGUAAGCGGACAAACAACAUGUACUUUCCUUGCAUUAUCUGCACUUUUUUACUCCACUGACUGAAACAAUGGGGCUCUUGCAUUGAAAUAGUUUUUAAGUAAACUCUUUUUUUAUGAUUUAGGUUGGUAUAGACUUUACGGCAUCAAAUGGAGAUCCAAGUCAUCCUCAAUCGUUACAUUAUAUCAACCCUUCUGAACCAAAUGAAUACGUCAAAGCACUGGUGGCUGUAGGAGAAGUCUGUCAGGAUUAUGAUACGUACGUUAGCGCCGUGAUUUAAGGCUAAUAUGUCACGAGGAGGUUAUUGCUACUUUAAAUCGAUAGGACGUACGCCUUUGUACUACGAAGACCAGGAUUCAUUUCGUUGUUUUUUUUGUUGUUGUUGUUGUUAUUGUUUUAAUCCGGGCGGGGAAGAAAACUUGGUGAGAAAUGGGAUAAGCCGAGGGUAAAAUGGACGAGUGGAAAAUGAAAACUAGCUUCUGCGGUAUUCUAAGUGCCUUGUUGCCUUCAGACUCACGUUUGCCAUCGCUCUUCUUAGAGAGCAGCUUAGUUAGCUUUACAGGCUCUUUGACAUUUCGCGUCCUGUAGAACAUGUAUUAUGGAGCUUAAGUAAUAACGACGGCGAUGGCUUCGAAAACGUCACUUAAAAAGUGAAUUUGUGUUGCCUCAACUUUAUCGCGCUUAUUCCAUCUCGUUUAAUUUGUGGGCAAACUUUUUGGGGGUUGAAUGCUGAAAGACUUCGUCAAAGUUCGGGAAAAGAAAAAGGAAGUUGUUGUCUUGUGUUUCCGUCCUCGACAAAACGUGAAUUUAGGCACUUUCACGAUGUAGUCGUACAGUGACGGCUAAGAAAUAUACAAAACGUGCAAAGUUGUUGUUUUGCUAAUCUAACCUAUUGCCUUUUUGCCGUUCCCGUUGCUGUCGCCGUCGUCGUUGCUUAAGCUCGCUAUUCUUGAUGAUAAGACCAACCUCCCCAUUUUCUCGUACAUUUUCUUUCAUUUUAUUUGAAAUAUUUACACCGUACAACCUGGUUAUGACUUCUAUCUCUCGGAAACUCUAGCGGUUUUAAUUGAAAGCUGGAGACAUUUAUUUAUCAACCUUGAUCCAUAUGUACUUCUUUUGCGGAAUGGAGACUUUUUCUUUGCCUACGUUCUGACUGUAAAUCGUCACUACACAUGUGGUGGUUCAACAUGAAUUAAAUUAUAAUUAUGAUAAUUAAUGAUAAGUUUCAAUAGUUUGCUUGGACAACAACUUAUAAUCAUUUAUGUGACAUAGAUGUAGUAUGCCCAACACUGUUCUUUUUCUUUCUGUGUUAGUGACAAGUUCUUUCCAGCAUUGGGAUUUGGUGCACUAAUACCUCCAGGGAUGAAUGUUUCCCACGAGUUUCCAUUGAACUUCAACUUUGCUAAUCCAUACUGCAAUGGUAAUCUAUAAUACGUGCCAGCAUAAUACUUUAUAUGUAGACAACCCAACUUAUUUUGCUCCCAAACCUGACCAGAGUCAAAAUUCGAAAAAGUUUCUAAAUUCUGAAAAACGAAUAGCACCAUUUGAAACUAGAAAUAACGGGAAAACGGUUCCAUUUGAAUUAUCACAACGUAGGAUGUUUUCCAUGUUGUGGUUUAAUUUUAUCCUUGUUUUAAAUUGUAUUUUCCUUUGUUUCAAACUCAUCAGUAUAUACAUUACCAUACCCCAAAACAAAGGAAAAUAAAAUUUAAAGCAAGGAUAAAAUUGAACCAUUCCAAGUCAUCCUCAAUCGUUACAUUAUAUCAACCCUUCUGAACCAAAUGAAUACGUCAAAGCACUGGUGGCUGUAGGAGAAGUCUGUCAGGAUUAUGAUACGUACGUUAGCGCCGUGAUUUAAGGCUAAUGUGUCACGAGGAGGUUAUUGCUACUUUAAAUCAAUAGGACGUACGCCUUUGUACUACGAAGACCAGGAUUCAUUUCGUUGUUUUUGUUGUUGUUGUUGUUGUUGUUAUUGUUUUAAUCCGGGCGUGGAAGAAAACUUGGUGAGAAAUGGGAUAAGCCGAGUGUAAAAUGGACGAGUGGAAAAUGAAAACUAGCUUCUGCGGUAUUCUAAGUGCCUUGUUGCCUUCAGACUCACGUUUGCCAUCGCUCUUCUUAGAGAGCAGCUUAGUUAGCUUUACAGGCUCUUUGACCAUUUUCGCGUCCCGUAGAACAUGUAUUAUGGAGCUUAAGCAAUAACGACGGCGACGGCGACGAUAACGUCACUUAAAAAGUGAAUUUGUGUUGCCUCAACUUUAUCGCGCUUAUUCCAUCUCGUUUGAUUUGUGGGCAAACUUUUAGGGGGUUGAAUGCUGAAAGACUUUGUCAAAGUUCGGGAAAAGAAAAAGGGAGUUGUUGUCUUGUGUUUCCGUCCUCGACAAAACGUGAAUUUAGGCACUUUCACGAUGUAGUCGUGCAGUGACGGCUAAGAAAUAUACAAAACGUGCAAAGUUGUUGUUUUGCUAAUCUAACCUAUUGCCUUUUUGCCGUUCCCGUUGCUGUCGCUGUCGUCGUUGCUUAAGCUCGCUAUUCUUAAUGGUAAGACCAACCACCCCAUUUUCUCGUACAUUUUCUUUUAUUUUAUUUGAAAUAGUUACACCGUACAACCUGGCAAUGCCCUCUAUCAAACGGAAACGCUAGCGGUUUUAAGUGAAGAUGGAGACAUUUAUUUAUCAACCUUGAUCCAUAUGUAUUUCUUCGCGGAAUGGACACUUACCUUUGUCUUCGUUCUGACUGUAAAUGGUCAUUACACAUGUGGUGGCUCAACAUGAAUUAAAUUAUAAUUAUGAUAAUUAAUUAUAAGUUUUGAUAGUUUGCUUGGACAACAACUUAUAAUUAUUUAUGUGACAUAGAUGUAGUAUGCCCAACACUGUUCUUUUUCUUUCUGUGUUAGUGACAAGUUCUUUCCAGCAUUGGGAUUUGGUGCACUAAUACCGCCAGGGAUGAAUGUUUCCCACGAGUUUCCAUUGAACUUCAACUUUGCUAAUCCAUACUGCAAUGGUAAUCUAUAAUACGUGCCAGCAUAAUACUUUAUUAUAUGUAGACAACCCAACUUAUUUUGCUCCUAAAACUGACCAGAGUCAAAAUUCGAAAAAGUUUCCAAAUUCUGAAAAACGAAUAGCACCAUUAGAAACUAGAAAUAACGGGAAAACGGUUCCAUUUGAAUGAUCACAACGUAGGAUGUUUUCCAUGUUGUUGUUUAAUUUUAUCCUUGUUUUAAAUUGUAUUUUCCUUUGUUUCAAACUCAUCAGUAUAUACAUUACCAUACCCCAAAACAAAGGAAAAUAAAAUUUAAAGCAAGGAUAAAAUUGAACCACAACAUUAAUAAGCUUUAAGCACAAUUCCUCUGCUCUCUAAGAUCUUCUACCAGUUGAUCACCUGAGGUAUCACAUUUUUGUUUUUUCUUGUGCAGGAAUAUCGGAGAUUGUAUUAGCAUACCAAAAUUGUAUUCGUCAAGUGCACCUUUAUGGCCCAACCAAUGUGGCGCCUAUCAUAAAUCACGUGAUCCGAUUUGCCGAGCAAGCGGCCAAGGAGAGCACAGCAUCGGUAAGUGGCGUUCAAGGAAACCUGUAUUAACAGAUCAAGUAAUUUUUAACUAAUGCGUACGCGGCAGGAUUAGCUCAGUCGGUAGAGCGCUUGACUGCAGAGAGGGAGGUCACCGGUUCGAUUCCCGGGGCCAAACCAUUACUCACCUGGGUCUUACAAUAACUGAGAAAUGAAGGUACUUCCUUUGCACUGCAACUGCGGCUGGCCCUUAGCGUGGCUCGGAUGACCGCGUAAAAUGGCGGUCCCGUCUACAGUAGGGAUGUAAAAAUAGUGUCCCCAAUUAGUUCUUUCGUGCUAAAUACAUUGACACUCAAAUAGAGUGGAUUUUGUAAUUAGCUAACAAAAUGUAAUAAAUCAAUUAUUAAUCUUGUCUGUCAAAAAAUGAAUCUCUUGCUAUUACACGCUGACUCUUUUGCAUCCUGCGACGGAAAAACGUACAUUUAAAACAAAUAUAUGAAAUAACAAAUCAUCCCUUUUCAUAAACAUGAGGAUUUGUCGCUGUUACUCCUUUAUAGCCAUUCAGUAAUAUUUUAACGAAAAUUGAAGAAUUAUGGAAGAUUUUCCUUGAUAACGCGUGACGUGAGACCAUGCUACUCAAAAUUGCUCUUCUACUGUCACCGAGAAUGGCUUAUCUCGAUUUGACUGAAAUUCUCUCCAAAUUCAUUAACUACUGAAUGUUCCAUAAUUUGAUCUCGCUUUUUGGACAAGAUAAAAUUAAGUCCCAAGGCUGUUACCAGGGAGCUUAAGGAACGACGACGGCGACGUCAACGAGAAUGGCAAAAAAUCAAUUGGCCAGUUAUUAAACAGAAUUUAGCCAGUUUUUAACAUUUUCAGUUCGUCCAAUGCUUUCAUCUUAACACCAUUCAUCGUGAAAAGUUUCAUGAAAGCAUAAAGCGUAGACUAGAAAAACACUUAUUUUCGUAAAAUUACCCACGAAGGAAGAUAUGUGGAGGUCCAAAGACUUUCUAACCCGCGGCCUUAAGGCCUGUUUACAUGGAGCUGGGGGACCCCUGGUAGGUGAGGUAACAUGUGGCGGGUCACCCCACCUAUCAUGUAAACGUGAGCAAAUAUGGACAGGCGGGUUACCCCAUCUAAGCGGGUUACCUCACUCACCUGGGGUCCCCCACCUCCAAGUAACCAGGCCCCACGUUAGGUAUCGUUUAAAUAACCGACCCAGUAGGUUUACGUUGGCAAAGCAAGAACUAUGUACGUGCAUCACGCCUUUUUGUGCAUGUCUUUGCCAUGACUGCACGACAAGGACGUGACAAUGCCUAAUUUCACGUUUUGUGGAGGACGUGAACGCAAGAGAACGACUUUCAUUUUCUGUUCCUGAACUUCGAUAGUCUUUAAUAAUCAGCUCCAGAAAUAAUUGCCAACAUGUGAUGAAUUGAACGGAAUGGAAUAAGCGCGAUAAAGUUUGAAGCAGCGCAAUGAAUUCUUUUUUAAGUGGCGUAUUCUAUUGAUCGAUUGCUCUUGUGACCCUGCCCAAUAAACAGAAAGAAGAAACUUUCGCACUAUAUGUAAUAAUUAUAUAACAGCUUUAUGUCUGGUUUUCUUAUAGCAAUACUAUGUGCUGCUGCUGUUGACCGAUGGCGUGUUAACAGAUAUGGAGGACACUAAAGCUGCCAUUAUCAAAGCAUCUCGUCUUCCCAUGUCAGUCAUCAUUGUGGGUGUUGGCGAGGCGGAUUUUAAAGACAUGAAUGAAUUGGAUGCUGACGAGGGAAGGUGAAUACUAAAAACUGAAUCAUUCUAAAAAUUAUUGUAAUGUCUCGCUGACAACACUUUGGAACCCAUUUCUGGGAAUCCUAUUCUCGUUUCCUGAGCCGUUGUCACAGUGAUAUGGGCAUCCCCGCGUUUUGGGCUUCCCCGUUCCCAAAACUCUAGUGAUAUGGGCAUCCCCUGUAACCCUAACCCAAAUCGCCAAGUUAGUACGUGAAGGGGAUGCCGAUAUCACUAGUGUUUUGUUAAUGGGGAUACCCAUAUCACUGUAACACCGCCUGACUCAUCUGCGGGAGCCUGGUCACAAGGGGUUCCAGCGACCUAGGGGGCCUGGGGCCUCUGGGAUUAGUUUGAGGCCGUUACGUUCCUCCUUCAUUCUUAAUUUGUUGUUCUUAGUGUUGAAAAAUCUUAGUAGAAAUGAAACCAUGGUGUAUCUUAAGACGAACAUUCGUGCACCAAGGAGUAUUGGCCGUUGCUUGAUGCAAUACGGUCUUACGGAAUCUUUCAGUAACUACGGUAAAGACGUUAAACGGUCCUGGUCUUGCACUUUAAAUUUGCAUACGUGCCGUAAAUAUACUUACCUAGCUGACAGUUCUAAGACUUUUCAGUUGGUCGCCAGGAAGGUAAUACUUUGCGAAACUACUAUUGUGUAAAUGUGGGUUUGUUCACUUUUUAUUCAGGUUACGUUGCGGCCAUCAUUAUGCUGAUCGAGACAUCGUGCAGUUUGUACCUUAUCGGGAAUUCAAAAACGUGAGUCCAGUUUUAAACAUACUUAUAUACUGUUAAAGUCGGGAUUCACAAGGGGGCAAUUUCUUCCACAACAGGGUAAUUACAAGGAACUGGAGAACUACAUCAUAGAUUACAAAUGCUUAAAAUUUCUCAAACUCGUUUUUCAUAUAUGAAGAAAAAACAAAGGAAGUCACUACCGUGACAGUGGCUUCGAUAUCGCUUCUUUGUACCAUGAUCAGGAUUAAAACUCCACGUGUCGUGUUUGAUAAAUUACAAGAACACUUCUCACUGCUACGUCAAACAGUAAUUGACUGUAAUUUUGUAAUACUUUCUUUUCCGUAGAAAUCCCCAGCGCUGCUUGCCAAACACGUCUUGGCUGAAAUACCCAAACAAGUGCAAGAAUACUUCAGCAAACGUGGCCUCGCUCCCAUGCCGCCAAAAGGCCCUGCUCCACCCUCCUUGGGAGCUCUUUGA